GUGGUCAUAGUACGAGGCUAGGUUCUGUCCUGAGUGCGUCGGCCUGGUGGAAAAAUUGGUGCUCUUAGUCGUUGGAUUAGCUGUGGUGCUGGGGGAACGAGCUUGCUGAGUGGAUGCUGCUAGGUGACCACCGGAAGGAAGCGGAAGCGGAAGUGACACAGAGUGCAUCGAGUCUGAAGUGUGCGUCGUUCGUGCGUGCGUGCGACGAAAGGCUGAUCGAUCGUCAGUAAUACCGUCGGGUGGUCUGGUCUGGUCCGUCGGCGCGACUUGCGGUGCGGAAGUGAGCAGAGAGCAGAGAGCGUUUCGGGAGAGGCUAGAGAACACUGCCAGCAGCGGUAACAGCAUUUGAAGAAGCAACCAUGGCCGACAAAAAGGUAGCAGAACAGUACUAUGCCCCGCCGCCCAAGCUGGGCAAAUGGGAUGGCUUCAAGACGUUCAUGUGGGACAGCGAAACCAGCCAAUGCCUUGGCCGCACCGGAUCCAGCUGGGCGAAAAUUCUUUUCUUCUAUCUAUGCUUUUAUGCUGCCCUUGUCGGAUUUUUCGCUGCAAUGUUGGCCGUCUUCUGGCAAACACUAGACAUGCAGAUACCCAAAUUCCAGCUCGAUAGCUCGUUGAUCGGAUCGAAUCCAGGAUUGGGUUUCCGACCGACACCACCAGAGUAUCAGAACGUGGAGAGCUCGUUAAUCUGGUACAAAGCUUCCGACAAUGGAAACGUUGAAAUCUGGACCAAGCUGAUCGAUGAGUUUUUGAUGCCUUACACACAAGAAGAAGAUAACCGCGUCGAUUGCUCAUUCGACAACCCACCACCGGAGGGCAAGGUUUGCAAAGUUCCUAUGACUAACUGGUCCCCGUGUGUCAAGGAAAAUCGAUACAAUUUCAAAAAGAAGAGCCCAUGCAUAUUCCUGAAGCUGAACAAGAUCUACAACUGGGUUCCGGACAUGUACAAUACUUCGAACAACUUGCCGGAAAACAUGCCCGAUGAUCUGAAGGAGCACAUCCGCGGAGAGGAAGCUCGUGGAAAUAAAAACACCAACGUGGUUUGGGUAUCUUGUUCCGGUGAAAAUCCCGCUGAUAACGAGCACAUUGGAGCGAUCCAGUACAUCCCACGCCGUGGGUUCCCCGGAUACUUCUUCCCGUACAAGAACGUGGAUAACUACCUGCCACCCGUAGUGGCGGUGUAUUUUGAAAAACCAAAGAAUGGCGUACUCAUCAACAUCGAGUGCAAAGCCUGGGCCCGCAACAUCAUGUACGAUCGCUCGGAGCGAAGAGGGUCCGUCCACUUUGAGCUGAUGAUCGAUUAAGCGGGUAACGCUUUGGGCACAUUUCAAACGCGUUUUCGAGCGUGAACCAGCUAUCGAGCAAGCGAGCAGGGGAGCAGAGAAGAGUGUACGGCAGCAGGGGGUCAAAUAAGUUGACGCUAGCGUUUAGGCAACAACCGUCGGUGCUGUUUAUCCAUGGGGUGCAAAAACAACACGGCGGCACAGUUAGGUCAGAGCGAAACCAUUGAUUAGCGAAAAUCAACACAAGAAGCAAAAGGGUGGCCCGCGACACCCAGAGCGUAACACAUUGUAGACGAAUGUUGUGGAGCAAUAUGCAUGAAUCAUUCGGUUAAGUAUUUUAUACGUUUUGCAUGUAUUAGUUGAGCGAUUUGUGGGAAACACGAUUUUAUAGAGGCAUUAGUUACAGGACGUACAACACACGCGAAGUAGGACACUCAUCGCUAUCUGGGGCCAGUGUUGAGCUGGCAUCGAAUCGUCGCGCUACUUCAAGCUGCUGCUGCCGAUGGCGACGAGAACGAUCCGAUGGUUCCGAUCUAUUGACUCCAUCCCUCGAUGAGGGACGGAACAUGGGGAGGGCAAUUGCUUUGGCUGCUUAGAGCACACUCCAUAUGUCCCUUCACCUUUCGGCAGGAUAGCAUCUGAUCUCUGGCUCCGAAGUUGCACGCGUCACUAUCGAUCGAUUCGUUUCUCAAGCCGAAAUAGUUUGCAAUUAAUAGUACUAGUUCGAUGGGUGGACGCAAAGUGAUCAUGCUUCAACACGGUUGAUCGGAGCGGAUCGUAUUGCACAUUAACUAUUCAUUUUCAUUGAUUCAAGACGCUUCAAGACAGGAACCGAAAUCCCUGGACACCGACCGUUUUCAGCAGUGUAGCGAGCCGAAGAACAAAACCAAACAAGAAAACCCAUUCAAUUCCCAUUUGAUGAUGAUAAAUCUGCUCGUAAGCAACUGAUUAGCGAGCUCGCAGCGUAGUAUAGUAAAGCGCGUGUAAACUGCCGAAGAGCGGUAUCGUUUUGGGCAAUACGAUGCAACAUUCAAAUGUCUGCGCGUCUGAGCAAAAAGCGAAAGAGAUAAAAAACAACACGAACCGGCAAGAGAGAUAACCGUAGUGAACCCAGAAUAAAGCAGAAACUAAACUGUAGCAAUGAGCAACGUAGUAAAUAAAACAAGUGUCAGCAAAAAGCAAAACGAAUGAUUAAACAACACAUAAAGGGCCUCUUUCUAUUCUUACCACUCACUGCCCAUGAAUAAGUUAAAAUGAUGCAUAAACGUAAAACAUACAAACACAACAAAGAGAAUAAUAAAGAGACAACAACAACAAAAAUCAAGAACAAACAACCGAAUCGAAUCGAAUAUAGAAUACAAUAAACCCGGGGUGUGAGGCAAGCAUAAUGUGGAUAGUGUGGUAUGGUAUACACAAAGCGCAACUAUACGGACACAUACAAAUAACUAGAGACAUACCGAGAACAGUGUUAAAAUAAAAGUGUAUAAUUACGAUCAACGCGUUCGCUGGCCUCUGAAGUCCACUGAAUUUAUUGUAAAAAUCAUACCAAAAACCCUAAAUCAGACACGACCCCCGGUUGGACGAUGAGGUACAUAAAUUUAAAGCAAACAAACAAAAAAUCGAGACCACGCGGUGCGGGCGUCGAUUCGGACCCCGCCCUCGGAUUGAUAUCAUACCGUGGCUAAGUGUUUUACCGUGCAGAGAGAGGCGGACGAUAGUUAACUGUGCAUGGAUGUUGUGCGACCGCAGCUGGAUCGCAAAUUUUCUUGAACAUUAAACGAACAGUUUUCCGUACCGCGGACGGCAAUGCGGUGAUGUGUUGAUGCAUUCGGCCGUCUUAUGGAGUUGUUUCGUACACGCACGUCGUAGUGUAGUGUUGAACUUUAGCGAGGGUAUCGUUAUCCUUGCACGCCGGGCUUCAGCACGUGUGGCACGCGAGUUUGCCGCCGCCCCAGUUUGUUGUAGCCGUUGCACGGCGGUCGUCGUCUCGUAGCUCUUUUGCCACAUAAACUUUGCGAAUUGAGUGUUUACGUUGUUCGUCAAGCUUUACACUGCAUCAUCAGCGAUCUAGGUUAGUGUUACGUUUUCAUAAUGUCGGAAGAUACCUGUUGUCCUGUUGUUCGGGUGCAUGGUAUUGAGCGAAGCAUGGUAUUGAAUCAAGAAAGCCCUUUAACCCUAAACGACGAUCUAAUCGAUUCUUGCAGGCGCAGCUCUAUGUGUGUGUGUGUGUUCAAUCGAAGCCACAAUCGAAGUUCAUCAGAUAUACUCGCGUACGGAUGGCGGAGGGUUGAACCCCGGCGCGAGGAAGAGAGGAAGAUGUAAGAUGUAACAAUGUUGCAAAGUGUAAUGAAUAAAAUAAAUUCACACCACAACCACACACACCCACACGCCGACAGAUAAAGAGAAGAAGAUACACAGAACAAAAGAACGCAAAUUAGAAAAAAACCUUAUUGAAAUAUAAAUGGAACAAGCGUGCAGUGCGCGAGCGAGUACGUGCGCGCGCGGGGGCAUAUUCAUUAAAUACAACUUACCAUUUAAUACGCAGCAGAGGACCCUUAAAAUCCGCAAAAAGCGAACAUUUGACCGAUUGACCCCUCCACAGACACACAACCACACGUACACGUACACUCUCACACCGGGGGGUGGGCGAUGCAACCGCGGGCCCGGUGGGCGCCAUAUGCAUUAGGCGGAACGCGAGCAGCAAGCGCGAGUGUCGUAAAGUAGCGUAAAUACUUUUUGGAGCUUAGGGCAUCUGUAGAAAUUACGAGUUAUAAGUAUUUUUUUAAAUAUAAAAUAUAAAGUCGAACGAACGAAGCAGCAGCCAGCAGCAUGUCAAAGAUGGACGCGCCGCGAAGGACGUGCGUGCGUGCGUGCGUGCGAUGUUAAUUUUACGCCCCUACACCACACUGGCGCCGGGUUAGGUAGUUUAUUACGGAAGAAACUGACACUAGAAGCUUGAGAAUUAUUUAUUUAGGAUAGCGUUUAUCGUACCUUGUUAAGUUUUUUGGGCAUACACGGAUAUGUUUCGCUCGUGUCGUUCGUGUUCAUUCAUGUAUGUGUGUGUGUGUGUGUUGUUGGCACGCUACCGGCAUGAGGUACAUGUUUUCAUACGUGUGGUUAGAGUUUCCUUCUUUUGAUAACCGCGUUGAACCACGUUUUUUUACGUUUCCCGCGAACGGGGGCCGGAUGCCGAAAGGAAACAUCUUCGCGCGAGACGCAUUCGUAUGCACAGUUCGACAGAACACACGUGACGGUCGCAAGACGAGGGAGCAGAUAGAGAAACCCGAAGAAAAUCCCUAAACAGAAUAUAGCGCUAAAUUUUAAUUACAAUUAACGUUACAAAUGGUAAACCAAUGCAGCGGGCAGGAGGAUAGAAAUCUCUAGCUUAGGGAGAUGCUGAAGCAGAAAACAAAAUCUAUUGUUAGUCGAGAAUAUUUACUAGGAUACCGAUGUGUUGGUGGCAUGAGGAAAACAGUAAACAAAAGAGAAAACAACACACAACACGCGCGCGCAUACACCCCGCAAAGCAACGCAAGAUGAUCGGCGAGUGGCGGCAGCAAAACCAAGGCAACAUUCUAGUUAUAAAAUCAAGUCGUUGAAAAAAAAAUACUAAAGUAAUAAAUAAACUCAAACGAAACUCAUAGAACAGAACCAGAAAUGAAUCUUUCUUACAUUGAAACACUACCAACGUACACAACGCAUAACAGAGAAAUAGUAACAACACACUGCAAACCGCGUGACGCAAGCGCUAGCAACCACACACAUACACCUUAACGCCACGCAAUUCACACAGACACACACACACACUCUAGUUUAAAUACCUGUCGCAGGGUAGUGUCGCUUUUCGAGAUCAGAGAGAUGAAAACCAAUCACGCCGAACGGCCAGACGAGUUUGUGCUGAUGCAAACACAAUACAAUAUAACUUAAUACUAUGAAAUAUAAACAAAGGAAGCCCAAUAAAUGCAAACAACUAGUAAUUCGAAAAGAAAAAUGAACAAAUACGAUGGAAAACCCAGAAAAAUGCAAACGCUUUAGCGAAAAGCGUUUGUACUGCAGCUUUUAGUUUCUAUCACACUUAAGUAAGUUGAACAAACCAAAAAAGAAGACAAGGAGAGAGAGGGAGAGAGAGAAAGAGAAAAACACAAACAAUGCGUAAACCACGAAACCAGAGAACGGCAUAAGAUCUAUCUUGAGACAGACCACCCACCACAUACAGACGGAAAUUCGAAACGAGCGAAGACAGAUACAGAAAGAGAGAGAGAGAGAGGGAGCGAAAAGGGAAAAAACAACCAAACAAAAGUAAAAUUGAGAAACAAAUAAAAUUUUCUGUUAGAAAGCAAAACGCAAACGCGAUCUAGAUUUGGAUUGGUUAGGAUUCGGAUGGUCGGCGACGAACGGUACGGUACUAUCUCUAUACUACCGAAAGGAUAUGUUGGCAAAGUUGGAGAAAGGAAAUCAUCCGGGCUCGCUCUCUCGUUCGCGUUCACAGGAACAGCGAAAUGAAGAACCGAACCGGUUGCGAUGGUGAUUGGGGCGGCAGCGGCAGCGACGACGGCAGCAGCAGAAAACGGAAUGUAAAGCUAUUAAAUCUUUUUAAUAAACCAAUUAUUGAAAUAAAGAAGAAAAGUCCGUAGAGACA